UGACUGAAUAAUCAUAAAACAACUUACCGCGCAGAAAUUAUAUAUCAUGACCUACCCUUUUGUGGGGUAUGAUGUGCAAUUUGUGCAUGGAUUUAUGGACAUGUAUGCAUGCAUGAUGCAACCACAUGAUGAGUAGUAUCAUGCCCCAUGAUCCAAAAAUCAUACCGUAAUUAUUGGCUAAUAAAACAUGCUUGGUAAGCGGUAAUAAAUGUUAUUAAUGGUAAUGAAUAGAUAAAUUUACGAAUAAAAUCUCAUUUGAAUGUCCAUGAUAAUCUUCUUUAAAGGUGCUAUUUAAUGAUAUUGGAAAUUUGUAAAGAAAACUAAAUAUUUGAAGAUAAAGUUUCAAUAUUAUGGACAUUGACAUAAAGACUUCUUUAUGAAAUACUCCCUCCGUUUCCUAAAGACUUUCCCACUUACUGUUCCUACAGAUACCAAGGAAAAUCAAGUUGUGUGGGGCAUGGUAUGAGUAAAGUAGGAGAGAGAAAGGGGUUAAGAUAAAUAGACAAAUAAAAAGGGUUUAAAGUAGGAGAGAGAAAUGAAGUAAAAUUGAAUUAAUAAUGUAAUGGUGGACCAUAUGAUAGUGACAUGAGAGGGUAAAUAGGGAAAUUUGUUUUGCCAAAUAAGGAAUAAAGCAAAAGAGGGAAGAUCUUUUGGAAACACCCUUAAACGGAAAGAGGGAAGAUCUUUAGGAAACAGAGGGAGUACUAGCAUCUUUUGCAUGUUUUGUGUGCGUGUUAUAUUUAUGUUUUUUUUUAAAAUUAGUUAUUCAUUAGUGUUACAAAAUUUUAUACAAGCAGACAUUUAUAAUUUUUAUAAUAUGUUUUUUCUUAAAUCAAUGUUUUGUUAGUUUUUUUUAGUUAUUUGUUCUUCAUUAUUCAAUUAUAGUAUUGAGAGAAGGAAAUAUAUAGCAAAAGAAAGCUUGUGCUCAAAUAGAGUGGAAGAAUUUGUAUAUGAGGUUUAAUCGUCGAAUAUCAAUAAUGUGGAAAAGAGUUUGAUUUAUAUAAAAAGUUUACCGAAUAAUAUUUAGGUUUUAAAAUAUUUGAAGUAAAAUUAUUAAUAUGAAAUUCAAGUUUUUAUUUUUUCUUCUAAUUAUGUCAACCAAGUUAUAUUGUCAACAAAUUGUUUAUUAGAGUUUUGAACAUAUAUGCAAUAAAAGAAAAUCAUUCUCCUUAAUUUAAUAUUUAAUUAAAAUUGCAAAUUCAAUUCCAUUAUAUAUAUGACAAGUAGAGACAAUAAAAGAUUAUUUAAUAUGUAUGACAAUUUAAAUUCAUUAAGAGAUUAUUAGACUUUUUGUAAAGGAUAACAUCUUCUUCUCCUUUUACUUAUAUAAUAGAGGUAUAUAGACGACAAACUACUAUUUAUUAUUCCUUCCGUCCCAAAUUAGUUGCUACAUUUGUUUUUUCACAGUUUACGAGAUGCAACUUCAAACACCAAUAUCUUGAGUUACAUAUAUGAAAAAAUUAUAUAUUUGAAAAAUAAAAUUGGAACGAAUCAAAUAAGAUCUAACAUGACUAUGUUUUUUCUUAUGUAUAUAGAGUAAAAAAUAGUCAAAGUUAUGAUGUGAAUAGCGCCUAUGGUCAAAAUGCAGCAACUAAUUUAGAACAGAGGGAGUAUCAGUUAUUAAAUCAACAUUAUACUAUUGUUUGUUUUCACCCAACCCGAUAAGAGUUAGGAAUAUAGCUUUCAAUAUGUGCUCUCAAAUUGGAAUGUAAUAAGAUAAGUUUGGAAUGCUGAUAGACAUUUUCUUAAUUGAAGGUCCCAUAUCCCCUCCUUUGCACAACCAAAAAGAAAAACAUCCUCUUAAUUGACCAAGCACCUAGAUAACUUAACCUAUGGUCCCCUAACCGGCCAAUAAAUUUCCAUCUAAUGCCUUCAAAACGAAGUUUCCAUCUAAUGGAUAAGUACCCUACAAAUUUAAUAGCCAGGAUUUCAGACAGAUUAUUGGCACUUUGUUUAUAGUUGACCUUGUCCUUUUCAAUUGUGUAACCUUGGCAAUUAGUUUUAUUCUAUGAUUAAUUAAACCCAAAAAAAGUCAACCUUUUAAAAAUAAGGUAACCGAAUUAGAAUGCGUCAGCAUUUAGCAAGACCAUUUCUAUUGUUCACUUGAAUCAAAGAAACUUUCCAACUCCAUCAUUCUCUCUCCAAUCAGAAACGUGCAUUUGUCUCAUUCAAAAGACUAUGACAAACCUUCUUCUCCAGCUUUAAUUUGACCCGUCAAAAUCAUCUCUUUGUUUUUUGUUUACCUUCUACAUAAGGCAACUACUUUAAGAUGAGAAUCAUUUCUAUUUAUAACCAAUUCUUUUCUUUGUAAUAAUCAAUCAUAUAGUAGUAUUUAACAAGCAAGCUUAAGAUACAUAUAUAUAUAUAUUUAACAAGUUAUGAUAAACAUUGAGAACGAUUUACUUUGGAACAUCUCAAUUAUAUCUAUACUUUUGUAUCUCAUUCGAGCUUUAAUGGAGGCAAUUCCUCUGCCUCGUCAACUAUCUCUCUCUUCGCCGCCUUCGCCGCUUCCAUGGGUUGCAAAUGUGGUGGUUCAUCAACUUGGAGGUCGCAUACAUACACAACAUAUACACGAGAGUAAUGUUUCUUUAGAUGUUGGUAAUAAUGUAAAUGCUGUGCCAGUUAAGUCACGAAAAAGGCCUGCAAUGCUUGUGUUGCCUGCAUAUUCCCCUGAGAAAGAGUUUUCUUCAGAGAAAAGGAAGAUCCAAGAUGUCGAAGUUGCGAUCCAAGGGAAUGAAUAUUGUUUGUUUAGCAAGAAAGGAAGGCGAGAAAACAUGGAAGAUCGAUACAAGGUCAUCACUGAUAUUUCUGGAGACUCUAACCAGGCGUUCUUUGCUGUGGUGGAUGGACAUGGAGGCGAAGCGGCGGCUGAUUAUGUUGCAGAUAACUUAGGAAAGAACAUUCUGAGCUCACUUGAAAACAUCGUUGAAGCAGAUCAGCAUACAGUAGAACAAGCCAUACGCAGAGGAUACCUAGAGACUGAUAAGGGGUUUCUUAGUCAGGGUGCAAAGAGUGGAGCUUGUGCAGCGAGUGUGCUAGUAAAGAAUGGAGAAUUAUACGCUGCAAAUGUUGGCGAUUGUAGAGUAGUAUUGAGUAGAAAAGGACUAGCAACUUCAUUGACAAAUGAUCAUAACCUCAGCAGAGAAGAUGAGCGUUCUCGUAUAGAAAACUCAGGUGGAUUUGUACAUAGCUGCAAUGGAGUGUGGAGACUUCAAGGUACUCUUGCAGUAUCAAGAGCAAUAGGAGAUCUGCACUUGAAACAAUGGAUUAUUUCUGAGCCUGAGAUUCUGAAAAUGCCCUUAACUUCAGAUUGUGAAUUCCUUAUAUUGGCCUCUGACGGCCUGUGGGACAAGGUGAGUGAACAAGAGGCUGUUGAAAUCGUUUCGAGGGAGAAAGUAGAUGCAAUGAAUUCAUGCAAGAAGCUUGUUGAUAUAUCUUGUAGCAGAGGAAACAAAGAUGACAUAACUGUCAUCGUUAUCAAGCUUCAAAAUUUUGUGGCAGCUGCUGAAUAAUCAUGCGCUUGAACAUUCAGAUAGCUAAGUUUGCAUUCAUGAUUCAUGAGUAUCAGAAAACAACUUCAUGCUCCGUUGGACUGUAAAUAUAAACAAUUUUAGCUGCAGAUGGGAUUAUAAGAAGUAGUGGCGAAAAAUAAUGCUGAUGAUCAAUGGAAAAGAAGGUGCAAACAGUCACAGAAUGCAAUUUUGUAUAGUUGGGGGGGUAGAACUAGAAUUUAGUAACUAGAAGUAUAUCAUUUAUCACGUAGAACUUAUUUCUAUGAAUUCUUUUAAAUUUUCAUUUUCAACAAAAAUUGGCAGAUUUCAAGAAAAAUAAAAGAUGGGAGGAAAAAAAGAAAACAAAAUUUUAAGUAGCUAGAAAAUACAUUUUCUAUUACUGUAUUAUGUUAGGAAGCAAUUUUUAUUUAUUUAUUUGUUAGGGAAGCAGUUUAUGUUAAUCUCUUUAUUUGUAAUUUGUUGAAUUAAUUUGGUUAGAACUUGUAAUUGUUGUUA